AUGGUUAUCAGUGUUGCAAUCAUUGCCAAUGAUAGUGCACCUUUAUAUCUGAAUGUAAACGAGAAAGAAUCAUCGCGAAAAUUCGAUAUACAAAUGUUCAUUUAUUGUUCACUUGAUAUUGUUGAUGAAAAAGUAUUUGGUGCAAAUAAGACCUUGGAAUUGUAUUUGGGACCACUCAUAUCAGAUCAGAAUUUCAAGUCAUUUGGUUAUGUAACAAGCACUAAUGUAAAAAUGAUUAUUGUGACAGAAAUAGGUGAUACUUCACUGAAGGAUCAAGAUAUUCGUUCCAUGUUCAAAAGGCUUCAUAAUGCUUAUUGUAACUCACUCUCAAAUCCUUUUAUGUUCCCGGACAACUUAUCAAAUCAAGACGAAACAGCAAAAGAAAUAUUUGCAACGUGA